AUGCACGCGUCAUUCGUGUGGCUGUUCCAGAAAGUGUUCUCCCAAACCCCGACUCUCAUGAUGUACUUAAUGAUACUCCUCGCAAACUACAGUGUCCACUCCAUGUCUGCUCAUGCGGCCUUAGCCGCCACCAUGCCACAUGUACAGACCGAACAAGUCUCCUCGGCCGGAGAUCAUGAUGACAGUUCCUCUAAGCAAAAAUUCGACUCGUCUAUUAUCAAGAAUUUGAGGAUUUCCCCUUCGUCUAGUAGUAACGGAAAAACGGCUUCGGUCGGCGGGAAUAAUGGUGGUGGUGGUAAAUAUAGGCCGGUGGGUAGUGAUAUGGAUGGUGAAGGGAGGUUUGAUGAGUUUAAUUAUGGUGGGGUGACCUCAUUUUCGACAGAUAAUCCUUCGAGUAUGUCUGGACGGGCCUCGGCCGAGGAGGAGGAAGCACUUUGGGGCUCGAUUGUGGAUGAGGCUUUGCGAAUGCAAGCCGGGUCAAAGGAAGAGGCCUUGGAUCGGGAGACUAUGCUGCGGUUUGUGGCGCCAGUGAAUGCGAGAAUUCAGACGGACGAUCAAAUGGAGUAUCUGAAGAUGGACAUGUUUUACCAGACGGAAUUGGCUCGAGAGCCGGAGAAUGUCCUUUUGCUGGUGAAUUACGCGCAGUUUCUUUACCUUGUUGCUCAGGACUUUGACAG